AUGUUGGCAGCCAGACCUGUUGCACGGCUCGACAACAAGCGAAGGGCGGUGCUCGAUCCUCGCAAGAGGCAAUUCGCAAAGUCACAAUGGCAGGAGCAGGCUUACGAGUACGCCAUGAACUUUUACAAUCUCCCUCCCACCGGCGACAUUGCCCUCGAGCAGUUUGAGGAGUGGGGCAUUGCCAGACUGAAGGGUACCUAUCCUGUCUUCACCGCCAGCUUCUCAUCAACUGACGCAUCCCAGNUCCUUGCCGAGCUCGAAUCAUGCCAGUUCCGCAACCGCAGCGCCGAAGAAACAUCAACAUACAUGAAGCCUAUCCUGGACAAGUACCUCCGCCUAGAUCAGAACUCUUCGAGAUCCACCGAGCACGAAAUCCAACGCAAGCGCGAUCACUACUCACACUGGACUCUCCGCCUUGCCUUUUCCGCAACCGACGAACUUCGCAAGCGCUUCGCCAGACUCGAGACUCAACUCUUCCGCCUCAGACUCAACCAGAACGAUGCACGAGAGCGCAAGGAUUUCAUUCAGAGCCUCGACAUGAGCUGGGAGACUGUGUUAGACGACGAAAAGGCUCGCUUGCUAGACGAGCUGAAGAGUGCCACUGGUGUUUACAAGAAUGAGGAAGAAUCAUGGUUCAAGGUCGACUGGGAGAACGUGCCCGAGCUUGUCGAACAACGAAAGGUCCUCCUCAAGAUGGGCAAGGCUUUUGUCCACAUGCGCGAGCAGACGAGUAUGGUUGUUGGAGAGUUCAGCAGACAGCUCGAGGCUGGCCUGGAACUGGCUGCUCGCGCUCUGCCACGUAUGGACGAAGACAACCGCCUAUCCCCCAUCCUCACCCAUCUCUCCAAGUCUUUCGCCUCUCCCGACUCCCAAUACAAUGCCGACGCUUCCUCCAUCUCCGACACGACCGUCAUCACAGCCAACAUGAUUGACGCUCUAGCUUCGCACUUCCCUCUCUGCAUGCAAAGCCUUCACCACGAACUGCGCAAGAACAGCCACUUGAAGCAUUUCGCGCGUUUACAAUACACUCUCUUCCUCAAAGGCAUUGGUCUCGACAUGAAUGAGUGUAUCGUCUUCUGGAGGAAGAGCUUCAAACUCAUGACCGACGACAAGUUCAAGAAAGAGUACCUCUACAACAUCCGUCACGCAUACGGCGACGUCGGAGGUGACUCCAACAGACGCGGCAGAGGAUACACUCCCUACUCAUGCCAAAAGCUCAUCACCGACGUCCCAAGUAGUGGACAAAGUCACGGCUGCCCAUACCGCUGGUUCAGUCAAGACAACCUCAUGGGUCUCCUCCAAUCCACCGGAGUCACAGAUCGUGAAGUUCUCAAGAGCAUCAAGGAGGAUAAUGCAAAGCAGCGUUACCACAUUGCCUGCAACCGAGUCUUUGAACACCAGCACAAGAACGAAAUCAAAAAGGUCAAGGAUGCUUCGCUGUGGCCGCAGAGUGAACUCGACACCAUCACACAUCCCAACACUUAUUUCAAGCGCAGUUUCAUGCUGAAAAACUUGAACAAGUUCCAGAAUGGAGAUAUGGGCGUGGACGGACCUUCGCAGACCUCGCAGGGUUGA